CGUUAAAUCAUUUCGAGGACUGUCCUGAAACUCGUCACUAUCACAUUCCUCGCGUGAUGUGAAAAUCCGUUACUCUCUUCAAUCCAUACAAUCCACAUAUAUAUAAUCUCAGUUCUUUUCAUCAACUAUUGAUUUCACAUGACGUAGUUGUUUUCGUUGGUGUAUAUAGUCAUCAAAAAGAUAUCCAUUUGAUUCAUAUACCUUUCCUCUCAGUAUAAUGAACGAAAAUAUCGUUAUCAGUAAAUAGAAACAACUAUUGUCAUAAGGUUGUUCAUAUUACACACGAACAAUGUCUCAUCGUUUGGACGUACCUGUUUGGAUUCAGCUCCUUACCUGUGCACCACGGACUUCAUUCAUUAAUAAUUGAAGUUAAAGCCUUCGCAUGGACAAAUGGCUUCAAGAUAGAAAACUCUGGCUCUUUGGAAAUACACUACCGCUACUGCCAAGAAGGUCUCGCGCACCGAGUAAAACGAUGGAAAGAUACGAACGAUUGGCACGACUCGGAGAGGGCAGCUAUGGGGUUGUUUUCCAAUGUCGUGAUAGACAAACAGGAAAAUUAGUGGCGGUGAAGAAAUUCCAACAGACGGAAGACGAUCCACUUAUUCGAAAAAUUGCCCUUCGAGAAAUUCGUUUAUUGAAGAACUUAAAACAUCCAAACCUCGUGAAUUUACUGGAAGUUUUUCGAAAGAAAAGAAAAUUACAUCUAGUAUUUGAAUACUGCGAGCAUACUCUGCUGAAUGAAAUGGAAAAAUAUCCGCACGGCUGUCCCGAGCAUCUAAUACGGCAGUUAACUUGGCAAAUACUUCAAGGAGUUGCAUAUUGUCAUAGAUUAGGCUGUGUUCAUCGGGAUGUCAAGCCCGAGAAUAUUCUCAUUACUGGAGAUGGUGUAGUGAAACUUUGUGAUUUUGGUUUUGCACGAAUGCUGAGUCCUGGGGAAAAUUAUACCGAAUAUGUAGCGACUAGAUGGUACAGAGCACCAGAAUUAUUGGUGGGCGAUACUCAGUACGGAACUCCAGUAGAUGUUUGGGCAAUUGGAUGUGUUUUCGCUGAAUUAAUCAGAGGAGAAGCCCUGUGGCCGGGGAAGUCGGACGUAGAUCAAUUAUAUUUAAUCAGAAGGACAUUAGGUGAUCUAUUACCUCGUCACAUGACAAUAUUCCAACAGAAUGAAUUUUUCGCUGGAGUUAUAUUGCCGACACCUCAAACGUUAACACCCCUCGAAACCACUUUACCCGUUACAUCCAGUACUCCAAUGCACAUUGACUUCCUCAAGAAAUGCGUCGAUAAAGAUCCCGAGCAACGAUGGAUAUGUGAUCAAUUAUUGCAACACGUUUAUUUUGAAAAUUACGCUUUUAAAUUCCCAGAUGGGGAAAUGCAAGAAUUCGACAAAUUGAAGAAAUACAGAGAUAACAGAUCUAGGAAUCCAACCACUACUACAUUCAACACUAUGGUUCUCCCACAGCUUACUUCCAAAGGUGGUGGCCUCACCAAUCAACACGAACGUCCAAAGAGUUCUUCUGUACAUCAGCAUCACUUUGAUCAUUUACCCACAAUUCGUGGCUGUAAUUAGUGAUUCUAUUGAUUAUUGAAGACUAAUAACGAAUCGCAACCGCUUUAAAACGUGGCCUUAUAUAAUAAACUAUAUAUUUCAACAGAUCGUUGCUGUAAGAUUUAUCAAUUAAUUAAAUACAAGGAACAAUACGUAGAGA